AUGCUAAGRUUUAAAAGUGCUAAUAACUUUUUGGGGCUUGAAGAAGCCGUGGACGCUAUAAUGGAGGAGCAAGGUGACCAYGAAUAUGAUUUGAUUAUUUUGCCGCCCGAUCCUGAUGAGGUAACCGACGAAGAAGAAGAGGAAGAUGAUUUGCAGACGUCAAAAUUACCCAAAGAUAUUCCUGGGACGAUUGAGGUAAUGUAUCGCAAUGAGGAUUUUGGCGAGGUAUCUGAAUGGGAAGAGAGUGAUGAAGAGCCAUUGUGCAGCAAAAAAAGGCGUUAUAAUCAAUUUACCUCACAACCGAAGUGGAAAAAAUGCCCACCAUCUUACUCUUCUCGGUUAGCCAAUAAUGAAUGCUCAUCAAGAAAAGACUGCGUUAUUGAACAGCUAAGAAACCUCUCACCGGUAGAGAUUUUUGAAAAMAWUUUUGAUGAGRAGGUAUUGCACAUGAUCAAGCAUAAUACGGUUUUGUAUGCUGGCCAAAAUAAUAGGCAUGACUUUGAGUUAGACGAUGAUGACUUACGCAGAUUCUUAGGAAUCCUUAUACUAUCUGGAUAUCAUGAACUACCACGUGAGCGCCAAUAUUGGAAUUAUGAUGAAGAUCUUGGAGUUCCCGUUAUAUCCAAUUGGUAG